CUUCCUCGCCGUUGCCAGGACGACGGCGACGACGCAGAGAGGAUGAAAAGGGCCGUCUCGGCGCUGUUUUUGUGCCUGCUCUUCGGGCCCUUCAUCCGGGGCACCGUCUACUUCCGGGAGCAGUUCCUGGAUGGAGCAAAAUGGCAGGAGCGGUGGGUGCUCUCCGAGCAUCGAGGCAACUACGGGAAGUUCAGGCUGACGGCAGGAGCCUUUUACGGUGACCGGGAGCUCGACAAAGGCUUGCAGACCAGCGAAAACCUGAAGUUCUAUGCCAUCUCAGCACGCUUUCAGCCCUUCAGCAAUGCCGGGCGGCCUCUGGUCCUGCAAUAUACCGUGAAGCACGAGCAGAAGAUGGACUGUGGGGGUGGAUACAUCAAGCUCUUCCCGGCGGAUCUGGACCAGAGAAACAUGAGUGGCGCAUCCCCCUACUAUAUCAUGUUCGGUCCAGAUAUAUGCAGCUCUGACGUACGCAAAGUCCAUGUCAUUUUGAGGUACAAGGACAAGCUUUACCCCAUUAAGAAAGAGAUCCGCUGCAAAGUGGACGGGUUCACACACCUGUACACCCUGGUUCUGAAGCCGGACCACACCUACCAAGUGAAGAUCGACAACGCCAAGGUUGCCUCGGGGCUUCUGGAGGACGACUGGGCCUUCCUGCCACCCAAGACCCUCAAUGACCCACGGGUGGAGAAACCACAUGACUGGGAUGACCGGCCCGAAGUGGACGAUCCAGAUGACACAAAGCCAGAGGACUGGGACGUUUCAGAGUUCAUUCUGGACACCAGCGCCGAGCGUCCGGCAGAUUGGGACGAGGCUAAGCAGGGCCGGUGGCAGCCCCCACUCCUCCAGAACCCCCUCUACCGGGGGCAAUGGAAGCCUCGGCGAAUCCCAAACCCCAAGUACCGUGGCGUUUGGCCCCAUCCCCAGGUUGUGAACCCCGAAUUUGCUCCGGACUCAAGCAUUGCGGUCUACCAUGACAUUGGGGCGAUUGGACUGGAGCUUUGGCAGGUCAGAUCUGGCACCAUUUUCGACAACUUCUUGAUUUCCGAUGAUGAAGAGUACGCUGAAGAAUUUGGGGAGGAUACUUGGGGGGAGACCAAGGACCCCGAACAGGAGAUGAACAAGCAGCAGAUUGAGGAGGAGAGGAGAAAGGAACAGAUUGAGGAAGAGAGGAAAAGGAAGGAGAGGAAAGCAGCCAAGAAGAAGGACGAAGAAGAAGGAGAAGAAGAAGAAAAUGAAGAAGAAGGCAGGAAAGGCCCAGAGGGAGGAACUCUGAUGCUGCAUCUACACUUGCUUUUAAUCUAGUUUCUGAAUCCAUAUAAUUAUCUGCCUUGAACUGGAUUUUGGACUUCAACUCCCACAAUUCCUAGC